AUGUAUGAGAAGAACACGGAUCUGUCCUUGGGAUCUGAGGCAGCGCCAAUUGAGGGUAAGGGUAAAGGGUCUGCCGAGGUAAUAGCGGAACCAACAGCUCCCGUAACAGCCGAAGGCGGUCAGUCAACGUUCAAGACUUCCUACGUUAUGAUUCGAAAGAUACCAAAGUCUGUUGAAGAGCUACUGGAGCUCCGUGUUGCAGUUGUUGGAAACGUCGACGCUGGAAAGUCUACGUUGUUAGGAGUCUUGACCAAAGGUGUGCUCGAUGAUGGACGCGGAAAGGCACGUGUCAACCUGUUCCGCCAUAAGCACGAGAUUGACUCGGGACGCACAUCGUCUGUCGGCAUGGAGAUUCUCGGCUUUGAUGCUAAGUCUCAACCAGUUCCCACCAUGUCUCAUGGAAGAAACGCUCCUUGGGAUGAGAUCUGUGGAAAGGCUGCCAAAGUCCUGUCUUUCAUUGAUCUGGCUGGACAUGAGCGAUAUCUCAAGACCACCGUGUUCGGGAUGACUGGUUGCGCGCCCGACUUUGUGAUGCUUAUGAUUGGAUCCAAUGCUGGCAUUGUCGGCAUGACAAAGGAACAUCUCGGUCUCUCGCUAGCCCUGGGAGUUCCGGUCCUCGUUGUCAUCACCAAAAUCGAUAUGUGCCCGCCAAACGUGCUGGAGAACACUGUGAAGCAAUUGACCAAGAUCUUGAAGUCUGCAGGCUGCCGAAAAAUCCCCAUGUUUGUCAAGUCGCAUGAGGAUGUGGUAGUAACCGCUGGCAAUUUUGUCAGCGAGCGUAUUUGCCCUAUCUUCCAGGUCUCCAACGUUACCGGAGAAGGCCUGGACUUGCUUAAGAACUUCUUGAACGUACUGCCGAUCAGUCAAGAGUACAAUAGAGAUGAGCCAGUCGAGUACCAAAUCACCGAUACCUUCUCUGUUCCAUUCGUUGGAACAGUUGUCAGUGGAGUUGUCAUGAACGGUAUCGUCCACGCCGGUGACCAGCUUUACCUUGGACCAGAUGGAAACGGUGCCUUCCAAAUGGUCACCGUCAAGAGUAUCCAGCGCAAGAGACUCAACGUUCCAUUGGCCUGUGCUGGCCAAAGUGCCUCGUUUGGACUUAAGAAGAUCCGUCGGUCAACUAUUCGCAAGGGAAUGGUGAUGCUCGACAAGGAGACCACGCCUCCACCGCGUGGAUGCCGAGAGUUCGAGGCCGAGAUCUUGGUCCUCUACCACUCGACUACUAUCGGUCACAAGUACCAGGCUAUGCUGCACUGUGGUGCCGUACGGCAAACUGCACGAGUGCUUGCUAUGGAUAAGCCGGAUCAGAUUCUGCGCACAGGAGAUCGAGCGACUGUCCGGUUCCAGUUCCUGCAGCCCGCGUACCUCAAAGUCGGGGCACGACUCAUCUUCCGAGAGGGACGAACCAAAGGUAUCGGAAAGGUGUCCAAGAUAGUCGCGUAA